CGGCGUCGAUCCUUUAUCCUUGUUUUACCAACUGCUACCUACUCGUUAUUGGGGAUAUAUCGAGGCAGAGAGAAAAACAACAACGAGGAUCACAACUUUGCUGUAGGAUCAGAGAUAUCAGCAUCGCAGUAGCUUUUGUGCUGAGAAGAUCAUUCUUGCCCGGUGGUGUGCAUACCCUUGAGUUGCGGAAAGCGCGCGGCCCAUCAAUUUUCAAAUAUUACUACGUUGCUUUCUACGUGAAUCAGUACGUACUGAGAGUUGACAAUACGGCUCACGCCCUUGAAUCGAAGUUAUCCUCGUCUUCGAUUAGUGAAUACAAGAACACAUUAUAGGAUACUCGCAGAACAUCACUAAAGUUAUCUUAGAUAAUCUGUGAAUCAUCAUGGCUGGGACACGAUCCUCUUUGAAAGAAGAGCAGUCGGGUUCACAAGACUCAAUGUCGAACAACGAAGAAAGCACGUAUGAGAAGAUAAUGGGCAUUGAAUCUUCUGGGGAAGCAAAUGAUAGUGCCGCAGGAGGGGGAGUCGAAGCCCUAUCGAGGCGAUUGGCAAGUUUUCGUAAGUGGUGCACAGACGAAGCAGAAAUAAAAAUUCAUCCUUCUAUAUGCAUCGUCAAUGGGGAGGCAACGGAUGGGACAAAGAACGCUCCGGUAAUUGUUUUUGGUCCUCAGCCAGGGAGCCAACCGGGACCCGGGGCACCAAAAUCAGGCUCGGGGAGAGUGGGGAUGGUAGACGGGGUGGCAGAUAGAGUGCUAUACGAACGGACAAUGGGUUGUCAAGUCUGGACGACGAGGGAAAUUAAAAAGGACGAGGUUAUGAUGACUUGCUCAAAGUCAUCUAUGAUCACAGCUGACUUAGUGGCCGCCAGCGAUGCAGGGAGAGCUGUACUAGCUUGUUGCAAGAGUCUGGAAGGAGGGAACUCGGUAAAUUUUUGGAACGCAUUUGAGAAUACUACUAAUUGUGUCUCAAAGUAUGCACAAAAGACAGCUAUGAAUAAGGGUGAGCAACUUCUUAUCAAUACAUUAAGAGAUCGAACGAAAGCAGAAAAAGCCUUCACGAAAGCUAAAGCGAGCGACAAUUCUUCACAUGUUCUUGCACAGUUCGGGGAAAUAUCAACAAGGGCUCCAUUUCUGGCUUUCCUGAUUCACCAACGAUUUUCAUCUCAUGCGAGUCCUCCUGUAGCGACCGAGGCCAAUACUGAUUUUGAUAAGAUCCUUACAGAAGACAAAGCUUCGAAUGCAUUGUUUCACGUUGAAAAAUUACAACCAAUUGCAGGGACUCCUUCCUCGUUUGGUCCAUAUGCGAGAACUCUUCCUUCUGCUGUCUCUUUGCCGAUAUGCUGGGAACGGAACGAGCUCAGUCUUUUAUCUAGCUGCAUGCCUGGCGUGGCACCUCUUCAGGAAAUUGCCAAUACAACGAUGCAACUCGUAGCUGAAUUCAUUGCUCUUCUCAAUGCUGGAAUUCUUACUAGAUUCCCCUCAAUCUUUUCUCCUGGUAUGAUCACGUGGGAGCGUUGGGUAUGGGCAUAUUCAGUCUUCACAUCCCGUACGUUACCAGCCAGUAUGUAUAUGAACGAGGGGGAGGAUAGCGCCGCAUCACACUCACCUUUGGAAGAAGAAGGACGGCUCUAUUCUCCCGCUCACAUCUGGGAUGAAUUAGGCUUACUUAUUCCGUUUUUGGAUAUGAUAAAUCAUGAGGCUGAAGCUCAUUCCAUACGGUGGCAACAAAAUCGUCCUUCAACAGACAAAAGCAUGGGAACAGGUAGUGAAGAUGACACGCACUUGCCGCAGGCAAUAGCGACAAAGCGAGUAAAAAAACAACAGCAAGUAUACUUGUGCUAUGGAGGUGAUAAUUUGCCUAAUAAACAUAUGAUGAUUGAUUACGGCUUCGCUCAAAUGCUCAACCCCGCUGACACAGCCGGGUUUGGUUGGGGACUGAUGGAUGCGAUUGGAAAUGUUGAAUGCCGUGCAGAUUAUACUCAUCUUGUGGAGAAUUCAGAGGAAGAUACGCAGUUUUUAGUGUACGAGUCAAAUGACUCAAAAGCGAUCAACGACUGGUGGUCGGAUGAACGUCUAACAUUGCUCGAAAAAGAGGCAUUUCCUUCAGUUGAGAACUCCUUUAUGCAAUCUUUGAAGAUGGGGAACAAAAUGGUUACGAAUGCACGUCUGGAUGGGAUUUACGAUCCAAUACUUCUCACUGCGUCACUUGUGAGUAGCAUGCCAAAUCCGGAGCUCAAAACGUUUAUGUCAAUGACAAAAUCGUCGGAAGAUGGAAAGAUUCCCGUUUUAGUGUCGAAGCGUCACCAGCGGGUGCUACGAAGUUAUCUCAUCUUUCUGUACUCAAGGAAGUUAGAGAAGUUACUAGACAAUCUCAGUAAAGGUUUAAAGAAUCAUUACGGAUCUCUGAAUCUCUGGACAAAGGCCUCGGACGGGGGAAUACGUUACGUGGCAGACGAAAGCCAGACGAAUCAAGACUUGCACACGGGUUGGCAAACGUUUUUCGAUCACAAUGCCUAUGCUGCGACAAUGGAGGUAGAGAAGCAUUAUUACGCUUUGUCUCCCGGAAGCUGUGUGCUGACGCUAAUUGACGGCCAAUUGCAAUCUUUGCAGCAGUCAAUUGAUAACCUUUUGACGUGGGAAAAAUUCGAAGCUGGCGUCUUAAAGCAGCUUGUUGAUCUCGGCUUCAACAUCAUGUCUGACGAAGAGGACUCCUCACUAAGAAAAACAAUCAAUGGAGAAGCUACUGAUAAGGAUUUUAAGGAUCUAGACGAAGGAAAGAAAGAAGAUGGCAAAAACUCACCGAAGAAGAAGAAUCGUAACAGGAAGAAGAACAAUCCAAACAAUAAUGUUUCGACUGGUAAUCGACGAGCAGCAAUAAAACUUCACAUUGGCAACUUGUCUUAUCAAACAACGCCAUCUGAUUUGUUCGACUUUUUUUCUCGUGACUACGGAAGAGACAAUGUACUGGAAUGUCACAUCCCGGCCGAACGGACUACAGGGAAGUCGCGUGGAUUUGGUUUUGUCACCCUGCCGGAAAAUAUCGGUCGGGAAAUUUUGGAAUCUGGUCGAAAGUGUGAAAUCAAAGGGCGGAUCUUAAAAGUUGCUGAAAGCAACUCCGCGGGAACAAACAAACCAAAUCGCCAUCCGGAAGCUCCACCGCCUGUAUCGAAUGAUAGGUGUGGUGCUUGUGGCUACCGUCCAAAAUACUGUAUAUGCGAAAAUGGACCAAACCUUCCUGAUGUGCGCACGUCAAGCGGACAGUGUUACGGCCCGAUUCCGUCAGACCGUGAUCGUGACCGCGACCGCGAUCGUGACCGCGACCGUGAUCGUGACCGCGACCAUUAUGCAAGAGAUAGACAUUACAGAGAUCGAUACAGUCGAAGUCCAUCACCCUACUACCGACGUAGGAGCGAAAGGGACGACUAUCACAGAGACUACUCUCGUGACAGAGACCGACGUUACUACGACUAUGACUACGAUUACGAUAAUGGGAGAAGCCGUUCAAGGAGUCACAGUAGAGAGAGGGGUCGAGAUAGGAGACGGGAUAGUAGACGCGAUCGAAAGGAGAGAUCUAGUAGGGAUAGAUCUGGAGAUCGAUACGAGAAAAGCAGAGAUAGAUCCCGAGAACGAUUCAGAGAUAGAUCUAGAUCUAGAUCACGUGAAAGAUCCAGGGAGAGAACCGGAGACAGGGAUAGAGACCGGGGUAGAUCUGGCGACAGAUCUCGAGAUAGAGAUAGGUCUCGUGACAGAAGAGACAGGCACAGCAAAGAUCAUAGAUCUCGUGGACGCCGCAGCCAAAGUCCAAAUAACGGGGGAAUCGAAAAUGGAAAAGAUGGAAGCAUCAGUCCGGAGAUUUCGAAGUCGCAUAACGGAUCGGAUGAAAGAGGUCAAGAGUCGAGAAAACGUCGCAGCCGAAGUCGAAGCCGAGAAAGAAGCAGAAAGAGUAGAAGGAAGAAGCGCCGUGCACGGAGUAGGAGUCGGUCUCUAAGUGAAGGAAGCGAGUCAAGCAUGUAAUUAGUCUAACUUUAUUGUAAAAUAUUUUCAUUAAAGCAGAACUAUUUCU